AUGGUCGAACCGUGGCUGAGCCUUUACGACGCUACUGGUGCUAUCGGCCUCGAUUGGCUCAGUUCCAGAGACGCCACCGUGGCGCGUUCACCGUCGGGCAUGGAGACGAGCUAUCAAUCCCCAUGGCAGCUCCUUCCUGAUGGCGGCGACAAAUGA